UUGUAAGGGCCAGGAGCAAAGUGAUGUGAACAGAAAGAACAUGUUUUGGUUUUUGUUGUCGUUGUUGUUUGUUUGUUUCUGAGACAGAGUCUCACUCCAUCACCCAGGCUGGAGUGCAGUGGCGCAAUCUCGGCUCACUGCCACCGUCACCUCCCCGGUUCAAGCAAUUCUUCUGCCUCAGCCUCCUAAGUAGCUGGGUUUACAGAGCUCUCUGAAAAGGAGGACGCUGCCACUUCUGGACAACCCUGCAAGAACUCUGUAGAGCUGAAUUCACGGGCAGGUUGUGGAGCCGGAGCCAGAGCAGUCCUCUCCGGAGAGCCUGAAGCAAACAUGGAUCAAGAAACUGUAGGCAAUGUUGUCCUGUUGGCCAUUGUUACCCUCAUCAGCGUGGUCCAGAAUGGAUUCUUUGCCCAUAAGGUGGAGCACGAAAGCAGGACCCAGAAUGGGAGGAGCUUCCAGAGGACGGGAACACUGGCCUUUGAGCGGGUCUACACUGCCAACCAGAACUGUGUAGAUGCGUACCCCACUUUCCUCGCUGUGCUCUGGACUGCGGGGCUACUUUGCAGCCAAGUUCCCGCUGCCUUUGCUGGACUGAUGUACUUGUUUGUGAGGCAAAAGUACUUUGUCGGUUACCUAGGAGAGAGAACGCAGAGCACCCCUGGCUACAUAUUUGGGAAACGCAUCAUACUCUUCCUGUUCCUCAUGUCCCUCGCUGGCAUAUUCAACUAUUACCUCAUCUUGUUUUUCGGAAGUGACUUUGAAAACUACAUAAAGACGAUCACCACCACCAUCUCCCCUCUACUUCUCAUUCCCUAACUCUGUUGAAUACGGGGCUAGUGCUCUCAUCUAAUCAAUACCUACAAGUCAUCAUAACUCAACUCUUGAAACGAUUCUGCUCCUCUUUAGAUGGCUGUAAAUCUUCUGGCCAUCUGGGCUUCACAGCUUGAGUUAACCUUGCUUUUCCGAGAACAAAAUGAUUUCACAUCAGCUGCGCCCCUUGAACAUGACUGUGGCCCCAGAUUUGCUACUCCCAACCAUUCUGUUUGUUUCUUCACUCACCCCAUUCUCUGAAGAUAUUUUGUGACCAGAUUUAUGUUUUCUUAAAAUAAAAUGCAGAGACGUGUUUUAA